AUGAGAAUACACUUUGGUGAUGUUGUAGGUGCUUGUUGCUGGUCAACAAAGUCACCACUCAUUCACUCGUUUGCCUUGUUACCAUACUCGGAUUUAUUUGAUAGUGAUGAAAUGUUGUCGGAGAUGAACCUUUCGACUCAACGUUGGUUGGAUCCGCUUUGUAUACAUUCUUCCCUAAGUCAAACGAAGACAAGAAGAAUACGUUGGUUCAGAAAGAAGCAAGGAAAAGAGGUUUGUGAAGAGGGGCGGCAUAUGAUCAACAAGGACAAAUAUAAUAAUGACUAA